AUGCUACGCGAAGAUACGGGCGACAUGUCUCCUACCACGGGCUUCCGCUCCCUCUCGAUGCGCGCCUCCCACUCGCCACCGCCGCCACAAAACAACGUCCUCGACGACAUCUUCGGCGAGCCGAUGACUGCCCUGCCGGCGGCGCAACCGCCCGCGAUUACCACAUCCAGCCAGCUCGACGACGUCUUCGGCUGCUCGCCACCACGCGACCCAAUUGCAGGGCCCGUCUCGCAUGAAGGGGAGGAGGAUGCGGCGACGGCGGCGGCGGGCACGAGGCACGAGACCACCACAACCGUUAAUAGGGAUGUCUCGGACAUUCCACGCUUGCGCAGCGUGCAUGUCACCGCGGGCUACCGUGAUGGCAUUGCUGAAAGCAAGGCUGGACACGUGCAAGACGGCUUCGACGAGGGGUUUCCACUGGGCGCCGUGUUGGGCAUGAAGGCGGGCUGGGUGUUGGGUGUGCUCGAGGGCGUGGCUGUGGCGUACAGAGCCGCGGCGCUGGGGAAAGCGAAGAUGGCUGGAAAAAUCGAGGAUGCCGCCGAGACUUUCGAGGCCGCUAGAAGGCAGUUGGUGGAGGCGAGGAAAGAGCUGGACAUGGUGUCGCUAUUCGGCCAAGGAUACUUCGACGAAGAGGGCAUUUGGAAGUAUCACGUCGACGGUCAAGAGGGCGAGGUCACCUUCGAGGAAGUGGCUGCACAGCACCCAUUGAUCUCGAAGUGGCUGUCAGCUGUUGAUGCGCUGGUUGAAAAGGCAAGAAUUGAUCUCGGUAUCCUGGACCGGCGCGUUAGGGAAGAUUCCGACGAUGAGGGAACGACAGUCGGCUGA